GGGCCAGUGCUGUGGUGCAGCAGGCUAAAGACCCAGCCCACAGCACCAGCAUCCCAUACAGAUGCUGGUUGGAGUCCCAGCUGCUCCACUUCUGAUCCAGUUCUUGUAUGUACUUGGUAAAGCAGCAGAAGAUGGCCCAAGUCCUUGGGCCCCUGCACCCAUGUGGGAGACUCAGAAGAAGCUCCUGGCUCCUGGCUUUGGAUUGGCUCAGCUCCAGCCAUUGUAUCCAUUUAGGGAGUGAACCAGCAGAUGGAAGACCUCUCUCUCUAUGUCUCUCUUUCAAAUAAAUUAAAUUAAAUUAAAUUAAAAAAGAUUCUCUCUCUCUCUCUUUUUUUCUCUCUCUCUCUCUAACUCUGCCUUUCAAAUAAAAACAAUAUUUAUCUCCAGGGCCAGGUGCUGUGACACAGUGAAUAGAGCCACUAUUUGGAAUUUCUACAUCCCCUAUUGGAGUGCCUGGGAUCAAGUCCUGCCUCAGUUUCCUGAUGAUGUAGGAACCCUGAGAAACAGCCAUUCAUGGAUCAAGUAACUGGGUCCCUGCCACUCAUGUUGGAGACCCAGAUGGAAUUGCAGGCUCUAGGCUCUGUCCUGCCCCAGGCUCAGCUCUUGCUGGCAUUUAGGGAGUAAACUAGUAGAUGUAAGUUCUCUCUCUCUCUCUCUCUCUCUCUCUCUCUCUCUCUCUUUCUCCCUUUCAAACAAAUAAAUAUAUAAAAAUUAAUAAGCAUUGAAGAAAUUUUUAAAAAGUGGUUCAGUGUUUUUACUAUCAUUAUUCUCCACGUGAUGAGGACAGCCAAUGAACUUGAGGUCCAAGGAGAACAUUGUGUGACUGGUACCCCUUAGGCAUGAAUGGUAACUAGCCUAUGAUGAAGGAUAAACUUUCUGUCCUGGAGCUCAAGGAUCUGAGCUGGCAGCCCGUGGCUUUUUCUCUUCCAUACAAGAGACUUCUGCGUCAAGAUGAACAAACACAUCUUGCUGCUCUUCUCUCUCCUCUGCCUCACUGUGGCAGUGACGUCACUGAUUUGUGUAACAUGCCACCUUCGCACACAGACAGACCGCUGUAGAAGAGGCUUUGGUGUCUGUACUGCUCAGAAACACGAGACAUGCAUGAUCUUAAAGAUCUUACAGGAUGGUGUUCUCCAGCUAUCAUACAUGGUAUGUCAGAAGUUCUGCAGAGAACGGACAUAUGAGCACAACAACCGAAGCUUUGUUCAUAAAUGCUGCAACUCCAAUUAUUGUAACUACAAAACCUAAGAUCUUUGCCCUCCUGAGGUUUCAGUGUAUAAUGUCACAGAUGUUGCUCACCCAUCACACUUCACCUGCCCCAGCUGCCUGGUCUGACAGUACAUCUGCUAUCUCCUUAACUCAGUCAUCCUUUCUGAUACUGUCAGCCUGGUCCUGCCCUUGGUCAGGGGAUAAUGGUUCUGAACAAUUGGAUUUCUUCUAUGGAAAAGUUUGAAUUUCCAUACUCCAAGAAGCCUGCUUUCAAGAGUCCCUACACAGUAAGAUUUAAAACAGGACGGUUUUACAAUCUUUCAAUUAGCUGAGGUAGUUGAGAUGAAUUAGAAAGGCUUCGGUUGUGGCCAGGGAGUGCAGUGGAGGAUGGCCCGGGUGCUUGGGCCCUGCACCCCAUGGGAGACCAGGAAAAGCACCUGGCUCCUGGCUCCUGCCAUCGGAUCAGCGCGGUG